AUGACAGUCAACUUGUGGACCAUAAUCAAGAUGAAUAAUAAUCAUGGAUACCGACGAGAUCAUUUGCACUCGCCAGCGGAAUUGGAAUCGGCAGGACCUAUACCAAGACAACGUCCUCAACAACUACAACAACUGUAUCAAAAUCCCCUAAAUGCAGUCAGAAAAACAAUGUCGACAAUGGAGACACUCGGCAUUCGUUUACCACCCCCGGGCUUUCGCGCACAAGACACUCCCCAGACGACAACGGCAUAUCAGCAACCGUGGCGACAUGACGCGGUGCCAAAUGUACAUAUAACACCCCCCAAUGCAAUGCAUCAACCAACGCCUCAAUCAUACGAGCAACCAUACGACUCUCUAACUGCAAGUUGUGCCCAAUUUCAGACGGGUUCUGAUCAUUUCGAGGAAUGCGGGCUAUCAUAUACCCCUUCGUUGAGUGGACACGACCUCGCCGAUGGUGAAUCUCAACUGUCCAAUCUUUCGUGCACUAUGCCCUGUCAAGAUGAGCAUUAUCCAGCCAUGACCGGUUUCAUGAGAUACCCAGAAAUAGACCCCGAGACUCUCUAUCCGUUCGAUUACAACAACAUAAUUCAGCACCCUUCGUCUUCCUCGAACCCAAACCCCAUGAUGAUACGACCGUUGACUUCAGAAGAGUUGAACAUACCUGGAUUCUCGAUGACAUCAUUCUGCGAUCCGCCUUAUCAGGGUACUUUGAACGAGUUUUUCAUACCAAACUCGGCUCCGUCGGUCUCACCUAUUCCUUCUUUGCAUGUGCAGCGGCCGCCGUUCGAUAUGACCCAAGAUUUUCGCCAAUACGACGAUUCUCAUCAUUCUCACAGUAAGAAGCGAUCGGCAACCGAAAGUCCAUCGAUAGAGUCGCACGUAUCAAAGAAACCGAGAAUGAUUCUGACACCCACGCUCAAGACUCCUUCAGGUCAUAUCCAGAAGCCACCACCUGUACAACAGCAACAACCACCACCACCACCACCACCCAUAAGCUCUGUCCAAACACGAAACGAGAUGUUGUCGAAACUGAUUAUUCCACCAACCAACGCUGCUGGCAGACCGUCAAUAUCGCCAUCAUCACCAAUACCAUCACUACCACCACAACAAUACCAACAAUACCAACAAUAUCAACAAACCCAUCAACUUGCACCACCCUUCUUACUCCCAUCAAAUGCAGAUAGCAGCGGCGUGCCAAUGAAGCCAAUCCACUCAUCGAUGCGAAGAACAGUCUCAACAUCUUCAAGCGACAGCUACAACAAACAUGCCGAGAGCAACAAAAAGCUUUACGUUAAUCCCCUGAAACCUCCCGACCUACUAGGCCCGCUGUACGAAGAACAAGAAUCACCGCCAAUCAAGGACAUGACCCCCGACGAUCCAGAGAUGAUUCCGCACAAGCAAAACCUGCGAUUCGAGAACGACCUGUACACACCUAAAUGGGUGCGCGGUCAUGGAAACAAACGUGAAGGAUGGUGCGGAAUCUGUAAGCCGGGGCGAUGGCUGGUUCUAAAGAAUUCUGCAUUUUGGUACGACAAGAGCUUUUCACAUGGCGUCAGUGCUGUGACGGGCAAGGCAUUUGAAGGGCCAAAAGAGACUCGGAGAAUCAAAAGGAUGAAGAAUGAGGAUAUCGGUAAUAACUGGGCAAUUGGUGGCGGCAGUAGUGAAGGUGGCCAGGUCUUGACGCAAAGAUUCGGUAGCAAGACAACUACCACCUGGGAAGGACUCUGUGGCAGCUGCAACGAGUGGAUUCCGCUGGUGAGCAGCAAGAAGAAAGGGACCACAUGGUUCCGGCAUGCGUACAAGUGUCAAAGUCAGUUCAAAGCCAGGGAGAGGGAGGCAGGUAGAGACAUUAGGAGUGCCUUUUCGGCGUCUCCUUUGCCGUCGACGACUGCGACUGUUUGA